UCACAUGAUUCCGGAGCUGCUUCAUGAAGCGGCCAGCAACCGAACUUGCAAUUUGCAAAGAGAUAGUUUCACAGGCAACGGGUCAUUCCCAAUUUUGUUUUUGCCAGGAUUUUAUUUGCACCAGCCACAACAACUGUGGGCGCUUUUCUCUCUCUCGCCUCAGGCAUUUUCCUCAAACUAAGUUGCAUUUCUGCAGCGGGGGUGGGGUUUUUUUUGAGGAAGGAUGGACGACGGCAAACUGCCCAGCCUGACAGAUUAUCGCCGCUAUUCGCUUCACUUAAAAAAUCCCAAAAGAAACGUCUUCGUCACGCAGCUUGGGGACCAAAGGUAUGACGAUGAAGAUGUUAAUUACAUUCCAAUAAUCAGACAGGCAACUGAUGAGAUUCUUGCAAGUGACAGUAAAACACCUCAGACAACUUUGGUGCUGAUGAAAGAAGUAGAAGUUGACCAAGUUAAUGCAGAACUUGCAGCUAAAAGGCAAGAGUUUGUUCAACGCAUGGAAGCUCUUAGAGAGCGGACGGCGGAAUUUGAAAGAAAGGAGCAGGUGUUUAGGGAAAGAACCCUGAAGUUUGACAAGUUCCUGAGAGACAGUGAGGCAAAGCGGUGCCGUGCUGUUAAAAAGUAUCAUUUUGAAUUGAAGGAAAAUGAAGUGAAAAGUAAGGAGUUACAAGAUCUACUUCAUCAAUUUGAAGAAAUGAAAGUCAGACAAAGGAGACUGCAAAGGAAUGUGUCAAAAUACAAAGUGUUUGAAGAUUAUCUCCUGAAAGUAAUUGAUAAUUUGCCUGAAAACUACUUGGAGUACAGUUCAGAAUCUAUGGUGAUGAGUAUCAUUCGAAAACAUGAAACCCUUGGAGCCACCAAUGAGGCUUUGAUAGAUAAUCUCAGCAGGUUGUCAGAUGAGAUGGAACAAUGCCAGCGUGACUUGGAAAGUCUGCGUCAAGAAUAUGACACCACAAAAUUGAUGAUUAAUAGUCAACUGUCAGUCCGUCAAAUGGAAUGCGAUGAAGUAAAGGAGAGGAAUAAACGGAUAGAAAUGAAAAUAAAUCUACAACGUGGCAAUUUUGUUCAUAAGAGUGAAGGGUUUGGUGCCCUCUUAUUGGCUAUUAAUAAUCUGGCAGAUCAAUGCUACAUGAGGCAUUAUGGAAUAUUUGAAGAAAUUGACAUUUUAACAAAGCUGGACAUGGUGAAGGAGUUCAUCAUGGAAAAGAAAGAUGUGGCGCAAGUAGCAGCACAGACCGACUCUGCAUCUGUUUUCAUUGGCACGUCUGACCAAAUUCCGGCCAAAUCAGGGGAAACUAACCAGCAGAAGCCACAGAUAAAGGUCUCGUUUGCAAAUUCCAGCAAAAUCAUAACUAACCAGAAGAACAGACGAAAACCAAUAAACACCAAGUCUUGAUGAGUCACUUUGACAUCUUCAAAGAGAAAAUUUAUUAUUUUGCCUAAAUACAGCUUAGAACAUAGAACAGUACAGCACAGUACAGGCCCUUCGGCCCACAAUGUUGUGCUGAACUUUUACCCUAAACCUAAGGUCUGUCUAUCCUCCACUGCUACCUUAUGCUACCUGACGUAGCCCUGAUAUCUACCUCCUUUCGCUUUAAAAUUAUGUCCCCUCGUAAUAGGUACCUCCACCUGAGGAAAAUGUCACUGGCUGUCUACUCUAUCUAUACCUCUGAUCAUUUUGUACACCUGUCAAGUCACCUCUCAUCCUUCAUCGUUCUAAAGAGAAAAGCCCUAGCUCUCUCAACCUUUCUUCAUAAGACCUUCCCUCCACUCCAGGCAACAUCCUGGUAAAUCUCCUCUGCACCUUUUCAAACGCUUCCUCAUUUUUUCUGUAAUGAGGUGACUAGAACAGGACAUAGUAUUCCAGAUGUGGCCGAACCAGGCUUUUGUAUAGCUGGAGCAUAACUUCACGGCUCUUGAACUCAAUCCCUCUUUUAAUGAAAGCUAACACACCAUACACCUUCUUAACAACUCUAUCCACCUGGGUGGCAGCUCUCAGGGAACUGUGAACAUGAACCCCAAGAUCCCUCUGCUCCUCCACGUCGCCAAGAAUCUUUCCGUUAACCCUGUAUUCUGCUUUCAAGUUUGUCCUUCCAAAAUGAAUCACCUCACACUUUUCAGGGUUAAACUCCAUCUGUCACUUCUCAGCCCAGCUCUACAUUCUAUCAAUGGCCCUUUGUAACCUAGAACAGCCCUCCGCACUGACCACAACGUGACCCACCUUUGUAUCGUCAAAGUGAAAUAUCAAAUGAUAUUUUUUAUUUAAAGGCAUAAUAGCAGUGUCAAUUGUUGUGUGAAAGAAGUAGAGGGAAUUGGACUGUGUUCCCAGGAUGAACCGCCCCACUUAUCUAAGUGCAGCAGCUGGGUAAAGUACAAGUGACCUCAGUUGAAGGGUUUCCCACUGUACUGCCGCAAGAGUGCAGCAGGCUCCAAUCUGAUUUCCCUUAAUUUUUCACUGCUUUACCAUCUUAUUUUAAGCAGUGCUGUAAAAACUAAAUCUGAUUUUCUAUGUAUGAUUCUGAAGUAACAAUUCUGAGUAUUUAGUUUUGUGGUGGUAUAGUACAUGGACAGUUGGGACGUACACAGGGAAUGUUGAUGGAUCCCAUGGCACAAAGUCCUUUGGUUUGAGUAAAACACGACUCAAUUUUAUAUGUAGCCAAGUUUAAAAAGUGCUGAGACAUUCAUAUAAGCUUUGUAAACAGUAUAUAAACUUUUACAGACUUUACCUCAUGAGAAAAUGAACACUAAUAAUAUAUUAAAAAUACAUCUGGUGCUCUACCAAUUGUGCAUGUGCACAUUUCUGUUCCAAUAGACAAACUAGUCAAAUUUGUAGUGACUCUAAACCUAACAUUAGAAGCUUGGCACUCAAUAACUGCUAAUCUCAAACCAAUAAUUCAAUAUACCCGCAGUUAGGAAGAGGAAUAGGCUGCUUAGCCUCAUUUGAUGAGAUCAUGGCUAAUCUGUGGCCUGUGUUCUAAAGGCUUAAUUUCGGCCCUGGCUGAAAUCGGGAACUCAGACAGGCAGGUGUGAAAUAAAGCAAACCCACCAUGGACGGCACCUCGGGCAGGCUUCAAGGCCCUUCCUGCAUUAUGCCGCAGCAGCCAUAGGCCACCCUUGGGGUGGCCUCCCUUCCCUAGCCUCACCGUCACAGUAGUAGCCUGGCUGUAAAAAGCCUUUAUUUAAACUUUUCGACAUUUGGUCUCUGUUUUGAAGUGCCUGUCUCUCGCUUGCUAGCUGCUUUGGCCAUCCAGCUCUGGGACCCUACCCACUGUCCUUAAUGGGAGUGUGAGGCUUUUGAGAACAUGAACCUUACACAAAACUUUUUUAAGACAAACAUCCAUUCCCCUAGCCUGUUUGUACCGAUCCAUGCAGUGUCCCCCACUCCACCUCCAUUCAUGUGCCAUGUAAAAGCCCAUUUAUCAAACUCCACGGUAAGGCCUUGGACAAUGUGGACCACUUUUCAGACUUUAGGAAGCCACUAUCAACAGUAAUGUGCAGCACCACCUUGGAUGGUAUGGUGUUACAGUGCUUAACACUGCUGCCUAAUGAUGCCAGGGACCUGGGUUUCAAUCUCAGCGUUGGGUGACAUCUAUGUGGAGUUUGCACAUUCUCCCUGUCUCUCUGUAGGUGUCCUGUGGGUGCUCCAUUUUCCUCCCACUGUCCAAAGAUGUAUAGGAUAGAUCAGCCAUGCUAAAUUGUUGUGUAUUGUCCAGGGAUGUGCAGGCUAGGUGGAUUAGAGUCAUAGAGCUGUACCACAUAGAAACCAACAACAGACAGCAAACAGACUGCUGAUCAGAUAUCCUAAAUAAAUCUUGUCCCAUUUGCCAGCAUUUGACCGACAUCCCUCUAAACCCUUCCUAUUCAUUUACCAUCCAGAUGCCUUUUAAAUGUUGUUAUUGUACCAGCCUCCACCACAUCCUCUGGCAGCUCAUUCCAUAUACUCACCACCAUGAAAAAGUUGCCCCUCAGGUCCCUUUUAAAUCUUUCCCCCCUCACCUCAAAACUAUGCCCUCUAGUUUUGGACUCUCCCAUCCCAGGGAAAAAGCCUUGUCUAUUCAUCCUAUCCAUGCCCUUCCUCGAGCAGCCAACACUUGCUACAGGCAUGGUCACCAUAGAUUACACUGGCGUCCAGUAGCUCCCAUAUAUUACAGCUUCAACACACUCUUAAAUCUGUGAAGAUGCAGAGUAUGUUGACAGUCUGCAAUAAGUAUGUUGCUUGCCCACAUUUAAUGGGUCUGUGUAUAUCUCUUGGCAUUGUAGCAAAAUAGAAUGUCUUGUGGAAAUGAUCAAACUCUGUAAACAAAAAUAUAAAUAGUCUAGUGAGCCAAGCUGUGCACAAACUCAGAUUCCAUACUGUCAUAGACAGAAUUUGUAAUGCAUUUUUCUUCUUCCUGCAUAUGUUUAAUAUGUUAGCAUAUAGUGUGUUGUUUUUACACUCAAAAUUAUUGUCCUAACUCAAUAAUUCAAACAAUAAGCUGAGUUUUAAAAUUAACGAGGUUAUUUGUUAUUGCACAAAUUGCCAAAGAUAUUUAAAAUGUAAUGAUUCACUUAAUUAUCUCACAUAUACAAAUACGGAUACAGGUGAAGGUUAAACAAUAAUUAUAAUUUAGUACUUCUUCAGUGUCUUCCGAAAUGGCUUAGAUGAGUUAAUGCUUUUGUUGUGGACAUCUUUGUAAGUUGCAAGGCUUCUUGUACAGUAGUCAAAUUUCCAGGAGUAAAAUUUGGAAAAGAUGGAAACUGGUCUGACUUACCUUGUAUACCUGAAAACAGAAAUCCAGUAUGACCAAGAUAACAAAAUGUA